UCUUGAACAGCUCCAGUGACGGUGACGGCACCGGGCCCCUGCGCAGCCCUUCCAGCGCCUGGCCAGAGGAGCGGUGAAAAAACGGACAGAAUCUGCACUGAGCUGCUCGCCCCACUGCCACGUGAUGCCACUCACAUCUAGCAUUCCUUCUGAGGAUAAUGCCGGUGAGAUGGAGCCGCUACAACCCCAGCUACCUGGAGCCAGAAGUGAAAAAGGAGUCGCAUCAGAAACCUUUAGAGGAGCUGACUGAGGAGCAAAGAGAACAAAUGGAGCUUAAGGCUGUUCGACCCAUCAAAGCUGCUUCUCCCAGUCUCUCCAGUUCCGUGUUCAGCGACCCCAUGAUCAGUAAGUUCACCAACAUGAUGAUGAAGAGUGGAAAUAAAGUGCUGGCCAGAAGCCUCAUGUCUCAGACUCUGGAGGCCAUUAAAAGGAAGCAGCUGGAGAAGUACCACAAAGCUCCAGAAAAUGAGAAGGAGAAAAUUGAAUGCAACCCCUACGUCAUUUUCCACCAGGCUCUCAAGAACUGCCAGCCCAUCGUCGGGCUCAGCAACAUCACCAAAGGAGGCAAAACCUACCAGGUGCCUGUCCCGCUGACGGACAAUCGGAAGCGCUUCCUGGCCAUGAAGUGGCUGAUCACCGAGUGCAGGGAGAACAAGCACCGACGGAUGCUGAUGCCAGAAAAGCUCUCCCAGGAGCUGCUCCUGGCCUUCAACAAUGAGGGGCCCGUGAUCAAGAGGAAGCACGUCCUGCACAAGAUGGCAGAGGCCAACCGGGCAUACGCCCACUUCCGCUGGUGGUAGGCACCCUGCGUGGGACACACUGCCACGGCCUGGAGAGCAGAGCCCCAGGGCUGCCAGCCUCGGAGAGGGCAAGGGGAAAGGAAUAUCCCUUGCAGGCAGCUUCAGUUCUAACCCAGGGAAAACUCACACGAUCCCAACGAGGGCCUUUUUUUUUCCGUGCUUGUUUGGAUGGGGGAAGGGGGAGUCUGAGUUACCAGCCUCAGCUGGGCUGCUCCAGUUAGUUCAUAAUCACUUCCCUAUGAAGACAAGCCUGAGAUGUUUUUCUUACAGCAUUGCUAAACAAAACCAUCUUUCACUUACCCGUUUCCUGGGGAUCUGAAAGUCUCUCUGCUCCUCAAAUCAGCAAUGUUUUUGGCUGAAGAGCUAAGAGCAGAGCUGGAUUCUUUUCCAUAGGGAUUGGUACAACAGGCAAUAAAAAGCCCUUUUUGAUUUUGGUCAUCAGCAACAUGGUCUGCACAGACUUGAUGGGAAUGUUGACAAAAUAAAACCAGUUUUAUGAAAGGUUUCCUGA